AUGGAUAAUAUCAAGGACAACUCUUUUCUUGAGCAUUUCAUUGAUACUAUUGUCGACUUUCUCGACAAUAUUCAAUACGACGAGCCUCUCGAAUCGCCAACUCCCGAGCUCAGAGCCAACUUCGAAUCCACCUACGAGGGAUCCCUACGGUUCUUCACACAACCAACCAUACAAGAGCAACUCUCUCUAAGCAAUGAGGCAAUUACGAAUAACACACGCACCGUAGCUCGAAUGGCCGUGUAUUGCUGGCCAAAUAUCCCACCCGAAGUAAUGGGUCAGAUAGCGAUCCACUUCACGAAACUGAGCUUCAUGGAUGACUUCGAGGGAGACUACCACGCAGACAUGGCAACAUUUCUCCCGGACCUACUCAGAGGCAGCGAACAGAAAAAUCCCUUCUGGCGCGUGAUGCUACAUGGGAUCCCGGAUCUACUCCGCCAUUUCGACUCCUACCUCCAAUACAACAUCUUCCGCUCAACACUCGACUUCUACCAGAGUUGUUGGAUCGAAGCCCGCGGUUUCAAGGGCGAUCGGGGCUCGGACCGAUUUCCAACAGAACUACGACGUCUAGGCCAGCUAGGCGGAUGCAUGGGGUCAUUCAUGUUUCCCAAGGCAAUUGCAGAUGAAACCGGGCAAUUCGGAGAGAUUACAUCGGCAAUUGUGCACACAGAGCCAGUCGGGGCAUUGAUUAACGACCUGUUCUCCUUCUACAAGGAAGGUAUCGUUGCGGAUGGCUACGGCCCUGCGGAAGACAACAACCUCAUCAUGAAUGUCUGCCAUGUGAAGCAACUCUCGCUCAGGGAGGGGUUAGAUGAGGUAGCGGCGGACGCGAUACGAGAGGUACAGACAGCCCAGAAGGUGUUUGGCGGGUCGCAUACCCUAGUUGCGGAGAAUGGGAUGCACGCGUUCAUUCGUGGCUAUAUCCGUUGGCAUUUCUGUGACCGACGGUAUCGGAUGAAGGAGCUGUAUGACGCAAGUUAUGGAUUUGAGACUGGGAGACAGUUUCGGAAGUAUUGUCACAUGGCGUGGAAGGCGGGUGGAGUGGCCAUGGACCAGAACAUGUUCGAGGUUGUUGAUAAACGAGUUUCAACAAGGCAUCAGCUAUAA